CUUCAGAGCAUGUGUGAAAAGUGAAGCUUGUCGUGUUGCCUUAUCCUCUCCUGUCUGGGAUGCUGCCAUUCUGUCCAUUGAUGUCUUAACAGAGGGAUCGACAUGAGCUGGAGCUUGUAUAAAAUACCUGUGAUCAGGAUAAGUCGACCUUUUGCGUUGGUCUGUCAUGUUCGAACACUUCAUUUAAAGGUCAACCCGGACUGCAAAGAAGAUAAUCCCUCCAAACCGCUGACAUUUUCUACUAGUAAAGCCAGUCACAGACAUUGGUCUUUUGAGAAGUCAAUGGGUAGUGAGGACAAGAGACCAUUAUGGAAAGUUUUGCCAGUGAGUUUCCUAAUUGGAUCUAUCCUGAUCUGGGCAGCCUUCAGAAAAGAAACUGAAAUUGAUGAACAGAUUUAUAAACCUAUUGAGCAACUCCAACCAGACCCUGAGAUAAAUGAAACGGACACGGAAGUAAAGAAAUAAAAUGUGUUUUAUUUUGACAAACACGAGGAUGGUCUCUUACUAAACUUUAUUUACAAAAAGAGGAUUUACCUGAUCUACAACUGUGCAUGGGAAUACUAUGGUUGCUUGAUCGCUAAGGAAAAAAACACCUGACACACCAUUCAGUAAAAGAUUUAAACAUUGCUGAUCAGUGGAAGGUGCAUGUAUAGUGUAAAUAAAAUUAUACAAGGGAUACUUAAAGCAAGUGAAUGUUCAUUGAGGUUUUAAAAGGUGCUUGUUGAUGUAUGUGAAUGUAGGCUUCCUUCAUGAAAACUUGGUUCAUUUAUGUUAAACAUGCCUUUAAUUCAAUGUACAUGAUCUGUUACCAUAACAUACACGAUGGAGAUGGUUGUUUGUAGCAUGGUUAGAAUGACAUAAAAACAGACUUGGAAGCUGAAUUUAUUUAAGACUGUUUAUUGCUGCAGUAGCUUUAAAAGGCAAAGAUGCACUUUUACAGGGGGGGCGGCGCGCUUUAUAGUUUUCCAUUUUUUUUAACUUACGUUUGUGAACCCUCAAAUGGGCGUGUGUUUGGAAGCUGCACACGUGAUAGGGCUGUAUGUCUUCCUCUUUCAGUGUUUACAAAAUCAGAUAUGCUCAUCUGGUAACAAACUGAUACUUAGAUCCCAUGCUGUCAGCGAAUACCCGUUU